AGGAGUCUCUCUCCAUAUAAAGUGGAAUCUAGGUAAAAAAACUCAAGUGGGCUAAGAUUUGAUAUUCAAGAAAUGGGACGUCCCGUGAAGUACAUUUAUGCAUGCAGAUGCUUAUCUAGAGGCAGUUCAUCAGAAAUCUGUUGUGGAUCAAUUUUAUUUUCUAUUUAGGUAUAUACACCCCCUGUAAAUCUCUAUAACUAUAAAAAUCUGAUGUGUCUGUUUGCAUGUCUUUAUUAACUAUCAUCAAUCACGCCAAAACGGUCUGGCCAAUCGCCACCAAACCGUGCAUGAAGACUGCGUUCCAUACCACAAUGCAAACGCAUGCACGCUCGGGUGUUGAAUGUGUAUAUUUUCGCUUCAUUUUGUUUUAUUACCGUAAAGUCAGAAUUUACUUUUCAAGCUAAUUAACAUCUGUUGAAUACUUACACAUGUGCUUUAGGGAACACUUAUGAGGAAUUACUUUAGCUUUCUGGUUUAUGACAACAACGCAGCAAAAUAGAGGUUAGAUAAAGUAGACCAUAUUUCAGAAGCUCAUAUGAUUAUCAUGAUAAUCAGACAUGGAAUCAAUGGAGAGUAUAUUAUUCCUCAAGACACUCCAGACACUGACCGUGAUGGUCAAUCUGAUACUCAAAACCACAUGACUAAUGGUAAAGAAUAGAUAUGGUCAACUAAUGCUAGUUAUGUUACUUUACGAUUUGGAUCAUGUCAUUACGGCACUGGACGUCUUGCGCCAAAUCGAGCACGCAGACAUGACACAGACCCCGCAGGAGUGACGUUAUUUUGGCUUCCAUGAUUACAGAAAUUGAGCAGCCAUUGUCUAUUCUGUUUCCUGAUCGCCUUCAUCUAAAUAUGAGGAUGUUUGACAUAACGGAUUCUCGAGUCUGGUCAGCUAUGCCAAACUAUAGUGGAAUGGCAUUUGUAAACGUUAAACUCACUCGUAUAGCAAGAGUAAAAGAGCAAGAUCGAGAUUGUUACUAUCUGUGGGGCAUUACACGUCAAUUUCCGAUUGAUCCCAACAGGACAUAUGAAUUCAGUAUCUGGUUGCUGAGUACAGGCAAAGAUCUAAACAACUUCCUUGGCUUUCAAGUCUAUGACGUGGCAUUCAAUAUUCUUUAUGUUGACGGCUUAGACAAACCAUAUUUCAAAAGAAGCAAGAAUGAUACAGAAACGUGGACACGAUGGAGUGGAUUUGUACUUCCAGCCACAACUGAUCCUAACGAUAUUCCCAAAUAUUACAGCAACGGAGUAAGCUGGCGAUGGCCAUCGAAUUCUAAGUAUGCCCAGCUGAGGUUCGGCACUUGCUAUGGCGAUGGAGACAACUCAGGAAAGACUUACUUUGCUUACCCUCAGGUAGUAGACUUUGAUCUACAGCCAUAGACAAGAACAGUCAGACGUCGAUCAUGUUCUUCGUUCUUUCUCUCGAGUAUCAGUAAACCGUUUCGAUUGUGUUUGUACUGUGUGCCAUGAUGGAACAGUAAAAGCUGGCACGAUUAACAUUUGUAGCACGUGCCAUGACUUUGGUAUUGUUAUCAGUUUAUUGCAACAGCGCAAGUAUCACUGCACAUGUACG